AUGCAGAAGACCUUCGAAGCGAUCGAUGCUGCGAUUGAUGCUGCUCAGGAGAUCGACGACGACAACAACGACGAUGCCGAGUUUUUCGAUCAGGAGGCUGUCAUCGACGAUAACUCCGAGCCCCACGCGCAACAGGACGUAGACAAGGCGGUUGCAGCGCGAGCUUCCUUGCUCUGCUUCUUCGAAAGGCUGUUUACCGCUCAGCGUCGAGAGGAGAGUCUCAAGUCCUUCAUGGUCAAGUCCGCCAUCUACCUGUUCUCAAAGCGAGGCUCGAUUCGCCCAACAGGGAUAUCCAGCCCUGCCGACAGGAAACACCGGCUGCAGCACUCGCAGAAAAAGCAUCCCAUUCACCUGACCGCCCUUCGCCUCGGUCAUUGGCUGCACAGCAGCGUGUUCCAGAGACCCUACUUCCCUCAUGCCGUCAAUGCUCCUUUGGCGCGUAUAAAGCCUCGCUUGAAGUUGCGGUACGCAAAGCAGAUCACCUCGUCUUGA